AUGCAACAAUCACGUCUCGGAGGAUCUGCGCCGCGGACGAGUCGACCGACGUCAUGCCGUCGAGGUCAAAUACGACAUGUCUUAUUGGCCGGCCGCUUUGCUGUGCUGCCGGCCGGGGACGAUCUCGUCGCACGGGUACGCGGCGCGCCCGUCGACGUCCGAGCUGACAAACUCCUCGGUGCCGGCCACGCGCGACAGGAUCUGGAUGCGCGACUUGGUGGAGUGCUUGAUCACGCGGACGACCGAGUAGAAGCAGCCGAGCGCGACGCCGAGCUCGAUCGAGUAGACGAGCGACGCGACGAGCGUGACGACGAAGGUGGCCAGCUCGUUGUAGCCGCGCGUGCGCAGAUGGAAGCGCACGUCACGUGGCGUCUCCUGGACCAGCGCCAGGCCGACCGUGGCGACGAUGGCGUUCAGCACGCACAGCGGCAGGUAGUAGACGUAGUUGAGCAGGCACGUGGUGACCAGCAGCGUGGCGAGCCCCAUCACGAGGCCGGCGACGGGGGUUUUGGCGCCGAGGAGCGAGUUGAGCUUCGAGCGGCCGUAGCCGCCGAACGAGGGCAGGCUGCCGACGAAGCUGAGCGCGAGCCCCGCCGUGCCGAGCGCGACGAGCUCUCUGUUGGACGAGACGGGCAUCGGCAGGCUGGAACCGAGGCUCUUGCCCGCCGAGGAGCUCUCGAAGAAGCCCAGAAUGGCGCACAUGAACGAGGUCGAAAACAGCUGCGGGUACCACUGCCGCAGCUCGCCGCGGAAGGGCACCGUGAACCGGAACUCGUCGAUGUCGACCUUGCCGAGCACGCGGAUGCCCUUUUUGUCGAAGCGGAAGUGCGCAGAGAGCACGGUCGAGACGGCCACCACGAGCAGGAUCUCGGGGAAAAAAGAGGCCGCGCGCACGUGACGCCGGGCAAGGGUCCUUUUCAGCGCGCCCGCCGCGAGCAGCACGAGCAGCGCCGCGGCGCCGGCCGCCAGCGUGGCCCCGUGGUACUGGUGCGCGUGCUGCCAGAUGAACCGCACCUUCUCCACGGCCGAGUGCACGUGCUCGUCGGGCGGCAGCAGCAGCAGCACCGUGUCGAGGCCGAGGAUCGCGAUCGCCGAGUUGACCAUCAUGGUGAGCCCGAUCGCCGCCACAAAGCCCCGCAGCAGCGUGCCGCACAGCACGUUGUCGAUGAAGCCGAAGCGCAGCAGCCCGAACGCCAGCAAGAUCGCGCCCGAGAACGACGUGAUCACCACGAGAACGUCCACCGGGUCCACGCCGUCGUUGUGCUUGACAACCUUCUCGAUCGCCUGCCCGACAAUCAUCGACACGGCCGCCUCGGGCCCCACGAUCAUCUGCGGCACGGUGCCCAGCACCGCGUACACGGCGGGCGCCAGCGACAGCCCCAGCAGCCCGCACACGGGCGGCACGUGCGCCACCGCGUUGGCGAACGACAUGCUCAGCGGGAUCUGGUACGACGCCAGCGACAGGCCCGCCACCGCGUCGUGCACAAACAGGCUGAGGCUGUACGCGGGCAACCACGACGAGCAGGGCAGGUAGUACGCCGCCUUCUGGGACGCUGUCAGGACGGGCGACUCUCGCACGCGCACAACGUGCCGCGACACACUGCGCGACGCCGUCGACCGGGAGCCGUCGCUGUCGCUCGUGGACCCGUACGGCGGAGCGGCCGACAAGGCGGGGCCCUGGCCCAGCCGGAGCGAGCCGUCGCGCGAGUCUUUUUCUCUACCGGGGCCAGACAUGGUAGCGAAUGGGAGAGGGAAUUUAUGUAA